CGGGCGUCUCUUCGUCUUGUCGGCGAGCCGGGGGCGCGAUGGCGGCUGCGGUGGAGCGUGUUGACGAAUUGGUGCGGGAAUACUUGGUGUUCCGUGGCUUCACUGCCACGCUGAAACAACUAGAUGCGGAGAUCAAGGCAGACAAGGAGAAAGGCUUCCGGGUGGACAAGAUAGUGGACCAGCUUCUGCAGUUUGUUCACAACUAUGAUCUAGCUGCCCUUCGGGAGUACUGGAGUUACCUUGACAGACGCCUUUUCAGUCGACUGGAGGAUAUGUAUCGACCUACAGUGAACAAGCUGAAAAUCAGUUUAUACCGCUAUUAUCUCAUUCAUGCUGUGCAGGCAAACAGAAAUGAUAAGAUACAGGAAUUCUUUCUCAAACAAGCCUCUGAACUUCAAAAUCAGACUGAAUGGAAGGACUGGUUUGUUUUGCCUUUUAUCCCAAAUCCAGAUGCAAACCCUAACUUUGCCAUGUAUUUUUCCCGUCGGUGGAUAGAUAUUUUCAUUGUUUCUCUGCAUAACUUUCUUAGUGUUUUAUUUCAGUGCAUGCCUGUGCCAGUGAUUAUGAACUUUGAAGCAGAAUGUCAGCGGAACAAUGUUCUGCAAGAAAAAAAUGAAAUCCUUUGUCAAAAGUUGUUUGCUUUGCAAGCAGAAUACUCCCAUAUCAAAAAAGAGGAACUACAGGAGGAAGAGGAGGAUUUGACGCUUCAACAUAAGCUUCCUCAAUAUGUAGUUAACAUGGACCAUCUGGGAGACUCAGAGCUUGACUUGAUAUGCAGCCAGAGAAGCACUGCACAUUCUCUACAGGCCCGAGGAGGAUUCCUGUCUUCCUUGCUACCUCAGAGCAAGAAGGGCCCCGCAAGAGCAACCCAGCCAACAGUAGCCACCUCAGCACAGAUAGGAGCCACACAGGGAAGCAAAAAAGAACUGCCAAACCACCAGGUCCCCAGAGGGAAAGAGGCAGCAAUCGGAGGCAAGGAAUCAAAAAGUCAUGUCAGUGGUGUAGUUUCCAUGGAGCCUACCUCAAUACAACAGAAUCAAAGACGUUUACAGGAUCAUGGAAAGGAAAAGAAAGAGUUUGGAUCUAAAAUAACUUUCCAGGGACAGAAUGCUGAGAAGAAAGUGGAGAUUACCGCCAUUGAAACAGAAUCAUUCCCUGAGCUUCACGUUGAACAACUGGAAAACCAGACAAAAAUAUUUGGAACUGGCAUGGAUGUUGGAGGCAUCAGGCAUGAGCAGCCCUUCAUUGUUCUGAGUCAAGAGGAAUAUGGAGAACACCACUCAUCCAUCAUGCAUUGCCGGGUAGACUGCUCUGGCCGAAGAGUGGCCAGUUUAGAUGUGGAUGGAGUCAUCAAGGUGUGGUCUUUCAAUCCUAUCAUGCAGACGAAAGCAUCUUCAAUUUCCAAGUCUCCACUGCUUUCUCUGGAAUGGGCAACCAAACGGGAUAGGCUGUUGUUGCUUGGCAGUGGAGUUGGUACUGUUCGUCUCUAUGAUACUGAAGCCAAGAAGAAUCUUUGUGAAAUUAGCAUUGAUGAAGAUAUGCCCAGGAUCCUGUCUCUUGCAUGUAGUCCAAGUGGUGCUUCCUUUGUCUGUUCAGCUGCAGCAUCUGGCCUUGUCAAUCAGCUAGAUUAUGCUACAUCAGAUUCUGGAGGAAAGGGCAUCAAUCAAGUUCCUGGAAAAUUGCUUUUGUGGGAUACCAAAACUAUGAAGCAGCAGCUCCAAUUUUCUCUUGAACCGGAGCCCAUUGCUAUAAACUGCACAGCCUUCAACCAUAAUGGGAAUCUCCUGGUCACUGGAGCAGCAGAUGGCAUAAUUCGCCUCUUUGAUAUGCAGCAGCAUGAAUGUGCUAUUAGCUGGAAGGCCCACGAUGGAGAGGUUUAUUCUGUUGAAUUCAGCUAUGAUGAGAAUGCUGUUUACAGCAUAGGUGAAGAUGGAAAGUUUAUUCAAUGGAAUAUCCAUAAAAGCGGAUGCAAAAUUUCUGAAUUUAGUCUCCCUAAAGAUGCCACUGGGCCCUUUGUGUUGUCUGGCUAUAGUGGAUACAAACAAGUCCAAUUCCCACGUGGAAGGCUCUUCGCAUUUGAUUCUGAAGGAAACUACAUGUUAACCUGUUCUUCUACUGGAGGUGUUAUCUACAAGCUGAAUAGCAGUGACAAAGUACUAGAGAGCUGUCUUUCCCUUGGAGGACAUAGGGCUCCGGUGGUCACUGUGGACUGGUGCACAGCCAUGGACUGUGGGACCUGCCUCACUGCAUCCAUGGAUGGGAAGAUCAAACUAACUACUCUGCUUGCACAGAAGUCUUAAGUGAAACUGUGCUCCAAGAUGUGAACAUUUUUUUAACAGAAGAAUGAAUGAUCAGUAUUAACCAUUAGCUUCAAACUUUUAUAGGGAGGGAAGGUUUAAUUAUUUGUCUUAAUGUCAUCAUCUCUUUUUAAGUUAGGAGUUAAAUUUAAUUGCCAAACUACUGCCACUUAGAAGAGUACGUUCUAACAGUUCAUUUCAACAAAUAUUAAACAUUCCCGCAUUAUCAAGUUCCUUUCAAUAAGGAGCAUCCCAUUGUUCCUCUUGGUCUUCAUUAGCACAUAGCCAUAAUUCUCUGGGUUAGUCCCAAGAUGGAGUAUGAAUUCGUUGUGGUUCUAGCAAGUGGGAGAUGGAAUGGGAAGUCUUGUUCAAAACUCUAACAGUAUUGACUGCAUUUUUACUCGAAGAAAACUUGAUUGCAUUUACAUUAUGCUGCUUUGUUUGAAGAACAUUCCAUGCUAAUGCUCCUAGAAGAAAAAAAGUUAUAUAUAAUUCGUAUUGUUUAUUUUCCUUUAGAGUUUUGGACAUCUGAUACAGAUUACAAAAAGCAUAUGAUAGUAAAAUGUUAUGAAAUGGCAUCUGUUUAUUACUACCAAUUUUUAAUCAGUUCAUCCUAAUUAAGUUCUGUUACACAAGCAAGCAGUUUUAUAGAACUCUCAGCUUUCUUUCUUUUAUAUUUCUAGCAAUUUGCAUUUUUGGAGAGGAUAAAAAUACACUGCACCAGUAAUGGCUAACCUUUUCGGCACUAAGUGCCCAAAGCGCAUGUGCGCACAUCGCCAAAAUGCAAUGCACAUCUCCAUGCAUGCAUGUGCAUACUCCAUGCAUGUGCCCCGCCCCUGCAUGCGCCCUGGUCCCUACGCAUGUGCGGCAGAGACCCGAAGACGAGCUGGCCGGCGGGAGAUGCGCACGCAUGCGGGGCGGAGCUAAACUGGGGUGAUGGCUUG